UGUUGGCGUUAGCCAAUUUGCUCAGAAGUUGACCCCGCUCAUUUCUUGUUUGCGCUCCGUGUAAUCGGACGGUGUUCCCCUCGCGAGCGCUGCAGCGUGACGACCACAACAGAAAACACGGAAGACAAACUUCGUUUCCUCAGUACAGAGAUGAUGCUUUCACCGAAGUCGGCCUACGAAGCCCAGGGCGGCUCUCCCAGCAGCAUGCAGGCCAUGACUGCCAUGACCACCGGGAACUCCUACAGCCCGAGCAGCUACACGUCUUCGGGCUACUCCGUGACGCAGAGCAUGACCACUCUUGGCUCGUCUUACAGCACCGGCAUGAACGGGGUAGGGAUGGGCACCAUACCGCCCUCCCACACCAGCAUGACCACCAUGGGGAUGAACAGUGUCCCCGGGAGUCAGCUCACCACCAUGUCCACGAUGGGCGCCCAGCACCCCGGCCUAGCCAACAGCCUGGGGGUCGGGAUGGCGCACCCCGGACAGAGUAUGAGCCCCAUGAGCAUGCAGGGCAGCGUCAACGGCGUCAAUAUGAACCUGACGAGGGAAGACGUGCUGAACCGACAGAAGCAGUACCGCCGCAGCUACACACACGCCAAGCCGCCGUACUCCUACAUCGCACUCAUCACCAUGGCUGUUCAAAGUUCUCCCAACAAGAUGGUGACGCUUAGUGAGAUUUACCAAUUCAUCAUGGACUUGUUCCCGUUCUACCGACAGAACCAGCAGCGUUGGCAGAACUCCAUCAGACACAGUCUGUCCUUCAACGACUGUUUCGUUAAAGUCCAGCGCACCCCCGACCGUCCGGGCAAGGGCAGCUACUGGACGCUGCACCCGAAUGCUCACAGUAUGUUCGAAAACGGCUGCUACCUGCGGAGACAGAAGCGCUUCAAGUGCGAGAGAAAAGCAGCGCUGAAGGCCGAGCAGAAGGCAGAGAACGAGGAGGUUCUGUCCGGCGCACCUGCCGGGCAGCAGCCGCCGCCACAGGCCAACACGCCGGUCCACAACAGCCCGACUCCAGAAAGUACCCACGUGAGCUCCUCGCCCAUGACCGUCACCACCCAGACACCCUCGCCGACCCUGACACAGCUCACCCAGCCCAAGCCCCUGGCGCCCACCGCCGUGCCCGUGCAAUCGCAGCAUCCCCAGGACCAGCUCGGCUACCCCACGCGCCCCAUCCCGCAGACCUCCCCCAUGUCCGCCGCCAUGUCCAUGUACAGCACCGAUCAUAUCAAGACGUCUGUCCACCCGUCCUUCCACCACCCGUUCUCCAUCAACUCUAUCAUCUCCCAAGACCACAAACUGACCGAACUGAAGGGGUACGACCCCAUGCAGUACUCGGGCUAUGCCUCUAUGUACAACACCAACCCCAGCGUCGUGCCCAAGCAAGAAAUGGAAACUCCGGCAUCCACAGAACCCGCCACGGGCUACUUCUCAGGGUACGUGCCACAGUAUUCCACAACUGCCUCAACGCUCCAGUCCUAAAGACCGCCAACACCACCUCCUGUGGACACUCACAACGUCUAAGACAAGGUAAUAAUCUGAAGACUCGAAAAUGAUAUGCCAGUGAAGCAUAUUAUUGACUCUCCUCAUGUACAGGAAGUACACAUGCCAAACUUCUCGUGAACUGCACAUUCUCCCAUGUGUAUCCUCCCUGUUGUAGUUGUGUUUGUUGAUUCAUGAAGAGACUGUAAACUAUACAACACGUCUGUACACAUUAUCACAUGUAUAGAAUAGUAUGUUCAACUCAGUAAGAACUAGUCUUUAAACAACCAAUCUGUAUGGAUGACAAAUAAUUUCUGUUGAUCACUUGAACUGGCAAUGUUGCCUGUGUAUAUUUACCGUUCAGCUUAGAAAGCAAAUUCACUUGACUGUUGCGAGAAAUAACGUUGAGUGCAACCCAGCAUUUGUUGGGGAAACUACCCAAGCAAUAUUACCUGAUCAGAUGUGCGGUCAAUUUUAUUAUAUGUAAAGUUUUGAUUGAAACGCUAGUUAAAACUUCCCGCUCGUCAGCUGAUUGACCAGCCCAUGAUUUGAGAUUACGAAUUAUAAGAUUAUAUUUUGUGCCAAUAUAUGUGAAAACCUUGAUGACUAUGUAUAGAUGAAAUAUGUGUUAGUUUCCUAUCUUUAUCUUAGCUGUAGUUCUUCCGUGUCUGUACAGUUCCUGUUCCUGCUAAAGGAAAGGCGAGAAAAACUGAAUUAAAAUUGAUGAAAUGCCUUAAA